GCCGGCGCCGCCCGCGCUGCCACACGCACCCACUCCCGCACACGCCCGCGGGUGCCCGUGGCCUCUACAGGGGAAGGAAGAAGUAGAAGAUAAAUUUUGGAAUAAGAAGAAACCAGUGUAUGCUGAAAAGAAAUCACAGAAGGAUUGUUGAGAAGAAUCUAGAGUUCAAGUUCUGGUCACAUGGUGCAGGAGAUGAAUAUUUCUAACUCAGACUGAGAAGGAAAUCUGCACAUAAAAGAUAUUCAAGGUAGGAAAAUGACUCGCCCGGCACAGGAGCAGGAGUUACGAGCCGUGUCUCACUGAGACCUGUGGAAUUAGGAUCAAAUGCCUGGAGAAGUCCAGCUGCACAGUGCAGCGCCGCAGCUCUCGUGAACUGUGGACAUCGGCCCCUCUCAGACUUGCUUUUCUGGCCCCAAGCACUCUGCCAGCGUUUCCUGCUCCACGAAUGGCUACUCAGAGGAAGCACUUGGUGAAAGAUUUCAAUCCUCAUAUCACCUGCUAUAUCUGUAAAGGCUAUCUCAUCAAGCCAACUACAGUAACGGAGUGCCUCCAUACCUUUUGUAAGACUUGUAUUGUUCAACACUUUGAAGACAGCAAUGACUGUCCCAGGUGUGGCAACCAAGUGCAUGAGACCAAUCCACUAGAAAUGUUAAGGCUGGAUAACACCUUAGAGGAAAUUAUAUUUAAGUUGGUGCCUGGACUUCGAGAACAGGAACUGCAGCGAGAGAUUGAAUUUUGGAAGAAAAACAAACCUCAAGAAAAUGGACAAGAUGAAAGUCCAAAAGCUGAUAAACCCAAAGUAGAUGAGGAGUGUGAUGAGAAUGAAGAAGACAAAGACUAUCACAGGAGUGACCCACAGAUUGCAAUCUGCCUUGACUGUUUGCGCAACAAUGGGCAGUCAGGAGAUAAUGUUGUCAAAGGCUUAAUGAAGAAAUUUAUCCGCUGUUCUACUCGAGUGACCGUGGGAACUAUCAAAAAGUUUCUCAGCUUAAAAUUAAAACUUCCAAGUUCUUAUGAGCUGGAUGUACUAUGCAACGGAGAAAUCAUGGGGAAGGAUCACACUAUGGAAUUCAUCUAUAUGACAAGAUGGAGACUAAGAGGCGAAAAUUUUCGGUGUCAGAACUGCUCAUCUUCGCAAGUCUGCUCACAGGAUGGCACUUUCUAUCAGUCUUACCCUAUGGUACUUCAGUAUCGACCUAGAAUUGACUUCGGUUAGACCAAAGGGCCAGAUCCCACUGAGAUGAAUCCUGCACUAUUUGUUUACCCAUCGACAGAUUGCACAAUGAAUGGAUGUGCCUGGAUUGGGGGGACACAGCCAGAAUUUCAGCAUGCAAAUAAGGACAUUGUCUUUCUUAAAAUUGUCAGUUGCAUCUCUGUUGUUUCUAUUAGAGCAAGCCAAGUGCCAUUCUGCUACUGAAAUGUGCAUAAGAUAUUUGUGUAUCUUAAGAGUGUGCUGCAAAUCAUAGCCAAAAUCAUGAAGUGUACAGUCAAGACUCAAAACCUAUGGAAUAUUUUUGCUUGCGUGUUAGAAAACUUUUCUGGUCCUACUAUUGAUUACACUAGCAAAAUGGCAGAGUGCUCAUUCAUGUGGUGUUGCAGUUUCACACACUUGCUACUUUACUGAAUAUUGUUGUUUAAAUCAUAGAGUACUGUAAAAAUAACUAAGGAUUAUACCUUGACAAUAUUUUGUACAGAAAAUAUAUUUAGAAAAGUGGUGAUUAGGCCACUACCUUUUCCUUGAUAAGGUUCUCAUGGGUCCAGGUAUAGCUCACUCAUGAGUGUGCAACAGUCCUUUUGCAGUGAAUGAAGACUAAUUACACUGAACAAGAGGUGUAGAACAUGGUAAUUCAAAAUACUAAUUUUAAAUCUUAAAAUUGCUAAUAUUGCUUGAAAGCAUUGUAGCCUUUGUGAUUGCACUUUCCAUGGUUUCCCUGAAGUUUGGAAUUUGGGAUAUUAGCUAUUUUUGGAAAAAUGGCUUCUGGUCAGAUUACAUUUCUUCUAAUAAAACCUCCAUAAAAUGAAGGUAAAAUAAUACAAAUGUCUAUGGAACAACUAAAUUCCUCUACAAAAUUAUGGCCAAGGCAAAAUUUUUCAUAAUUACUACUUUUCAUAAUAAAUAUUUUCUUUUAAGAUUGAAUAGAUGUCUAUAAUAUACUAAGACAAAAAAUAUAUAGCUUUAAUGACAUUACUGUAUCUCUUGUGACUAUCUGGAGUUUAGAAUUCAUUACAGAAAUUUUCAUUAGUUAAGUCACAUCAUAAAACUAUUUCCAUAAAAUUAGAGGUAAUGCAAUACUGAAGAUUAGCAGUCUGACCAAAAUAAUUCUUCAGGUCAUCUUUUUUUCCUAAGACCUGGUUGUGCUGGAUAAAAAGUGAUUGUUGCCUUAGGUAUUACAAGCAUAUUGGUUCUAGUAUGGGAUGUUCCUUGGGGUUUUUGGUAAUGUUGCAGGGAGCGUAGCAAUGUUUAUGUUUUCUGUCUUCUGUUGUCUUUGCUUAAAAGUCAGUUGAGUUUUUCUGAUCAGAUUCUCUGGAGAUACUUAUAGUUCAGUCAUGUUAUGUAAUUUCUACUUAGUACAUGCCUGCUAGUGUUGUAGAUAGCUAUUUACUUUCCUUAUGCCUUUUGCAUACAGCAAAAAGGAACCAAAUCAAUUUUUCACAAGCUACUGUAGAGUGAACUGAUCAUUCUUAGAUAGACAAAGUGAAAAAUCUUUCUUGGGAUCAAAUGCAAAAGAUAGAUGUGAGGCUUUGUAAGUUUAUGUUCAUGUACAGUAGUAUGUUCUGUAGGAGAAAUAAGCAGGUUGUGGAUUAGGUCUGUCCCCUUUCAUGUUGUUAAGCAUUCUAACAUUGGUGACUUUAGGAAUCCCAUGAAGUUGGGUUGAAUCCUACCACUGCACUCCAAAGCCCAUAUGACAUGCAGAAAUCAAGAUGCUGUAAAUAGCAGUCUGCUAAGGAACCCUGCCAUUACAGGUCAAGGUUGCACAUAUUGUGGAAUGCCAGUGGAACUGGGGAAGGAAGAUGUUUAGGAAGAAGCUGCUGCCCCUUUCUGCAGUGUGCUGGCCAGCACAGGCCCUGCUUUGCCCAGAAACAGGCAGGGGGGACGUGCUGGCUGCAGGGAGCAGACAUCCUGCUGCCCACCCAGCCUGUGAUGCACUACCUGACAGAAAGAAGGUGCUCCUUGUAGGGAGGGCCCUUCUCUGCAGAGUCUCUCGGAAAAAAUAGAUUCUUCUUGUAUAAAGAAGUCCACCUCAUGGAGCAGCUUGGAAGAGCAGAGCAUGCUUUCUGAUUGAAAAUCAUUCUUCUCUUUAAUAUAUACAGUUGUUUUGUACAGUAGAAAUAGGAUAUGAUUUGUAAAUAUUUACAUGCACAUACCAAUUACACCUUACAAUUUUUAUAUAUUUCAUGUGUUUUUAUACCAGAAUUUUCACUGUAAAUUUGCUUGACAUAAAACACCUGUUUCAGUUUCCCAAAACUAAUGCUAGGAUGCUUAAGCAUAAUUUCUGCUUGGUUCGCAGCACAAUUUUUUUCUCAACAAUUGUGUUUGCUGUUUUGAAAAAAUUUGAACAGACUUGUUGUUAAAAGACGGGAACAUACAAGUUUUAAUCCAUCCACCUAACAGGACCCUUGGAAUUAGCACUAUUUUACCUUGGCGGUGGAAUGGCAACUAAUAGAAGCUUUUUUGACUGUUUGAUAACUUCCUAUAUUCAUAAUUCAGAGAAUCAUGAAUUUUCUCAAUCAGAGAUGGACAUUGGUUUUAAUUCCUGGUAUUUUCUUGAUGCAAGUUAAAGCUAGAUUACAGAAGGCAAAUCUUCAUUUUGAGCAUGGAAAAUACUGACAGAUCUGAACCGACGUUCCCAGCUGCGAAUGGCGGCAUUAAAUGCAUGAACUAACCACCUACACUUUCUGCAUUUCUGAUUUGAUGGCAUGGUGCCUGAGUGCUGCUAUAGUUUAAUCAUUUUUUUAAAAGUAAAGUGCCAGUGAAAUACAUAUCUUAAGUGGGCAGCUUGUUCAACACAGGCACUGCCUUCUUUACAGCAAAUUUUCACUCAUAUAGUACAUAUGUGCCAUGCCUCUACAGAUACACAGAUUUAUUUGUGCCAAUUAAGAGUAUCUGAGCACUAUAGGAAUAUGAGAAUGCAUGUGCAGAUUCCUGUGUGCCAAAGAUGGGGUAAAUUGAAAUGAGUACCUAGGCAUUCCCUUCAGACUGCACCAUAUGCCAUGCUAGAACUGAUGCCUGGCUAAAGUCACACAUUCUGAGCAUUUCCAUGACAAGGUGUCACCACUGCAUCCUUGUAAAACAUAGGAAUAUAAAAUAAGUGUUGCUGCCACUGUGUUUCUAUGACUUUUCCAUAUUAGCAGUAUCUAACUGCAGAUGGACCUAAAAAAUUCUGCAUUACUACCUAACCUUUCUGUCCCUUAUUUAGCACAUUUGGUGCUGCUUGGAUUUUUUUCCCCUAGAAGUGAAAAGCUCAUUAAUGAAAAUCAUAAACAACUUUUUUUUGAGCAUAGCUGGUUGCUGCAUUUAUUAAGUAACAAGCCAUCAGCUAGAAUUUAGAAACAAGAUCUGUAAUAUCUCAAACAAUAUGGAAUUAGAUGAUUAAUCAGUAAAUAUAUCUUCCAUGAUGCAUUACUACAUUCCUGGUAGCUAAGGACCUAGUCCUGUGAAGGAAUUUUUUCAUGAAAUACCAGAUAAUAUUGCUGCAAUAACUGAAGUGACUCAUCUCUAUAGUUGGUAUUGUUCACAUGAAAGCUUUGGGGAUUUGGGUCCUAGGAGUGUGCAGUGCAAGAAAAAUAUUGUGCAUACUCAGCCAGCUUGCAGUUAUGCAAAAAAAAGUUACACAAGUAUUAUCUUGACUUUACUGAAAAUGUUACACAAAGUGAAGUGCCUGAUUAUUAAUAUAGAAUACCUUUUAAGCCCAUUAUUUUCAUUUGACAGGGUAAUAUUUGCUUCUGAAUUUUAUCUAUGGUCUUAAUAUUUUCAGCAAGAAUAUAUCAUAAGCAUACUGUAUUGAGAAGCUUUCAUGGGAAAAGAGGAUAAAAAUAAAUGUGUUCUUUUAGAUAGUUUAAAACCAGCCUUUCUCAGUAGAAAUUAUAUUAAAAUAAGUACUUUUAUGUUGAAAAUAUUUCGUUUUCUGCAUGAGGAACCCUUUAAUUCUGGAUCUUCGUCUUUUUGUCUCCAUAGGUUCCAACAACUUGACUUGACUUUUCUGCUCUUAUCACAAACAGUUCUAGUGUGUCUGCAGGAGAAAAGAGACUGAUCCUAUCCCAUUCCAUUUAGAUAUAAGCUAGGCUCUUACUGCAGACAAAAUAAUGGUCCAGAGUUCCAUCUCAUCUCUCUCAUGAAUAACUGGUGUACAUGACUUAGUGAGAGAAGUAAACAAUUUUUCUUCCCUGCUGUUUAAAAAAAAAUAGGCCAUGGCUUAGUCCUUUAAUUGAACUAAUCACUGAGUUGAAUUCUUUGUUGGUUUUUUACUUUUUCAUAUAACUGCAGACAAGAGGUAUUUAUUCACUGACCAGAAAAAAAUUAUUCUUGAUUCACUGAUCAAACUCAUUUUUGUUCUGGAAAAGUGCAAAGGCAAUUAAGGCUUACAUCCUUAUCCAAGAGUUUGGUCCAGUUACUUCUCUUAAUCUGGCAGAUUGAAAGCAUCUCUUAGCUUCCUCUAAAAAUGCAUAUAUCAUGCUGCAUAUUCCUUUCUCAUUUUACUUGAGGCUCUGUUGACUUCUUAUUUUUCUCAGUUAAAAUGUCUAAACAGGCACCCUCUCUCCAGUAAUUAAUUCUACGUUCUUAGACAUCUUUUGACCAUUCCCAUACUGCAUCCCAUUUCCUACCCAAAAGUCAAAACAUUAAGGACUUAUAAAGGUGAAAUUGCGCAUGAGGUGUCAGUCAGGUUGCAUUUAUCAGACAGUUCUCAUGGAUUUCAGCAGUUUUCACAGCUCUGCAUUUUCAAUCCUUCACAGUCAAUUUGAGCAAGGUUAUGCUUCUAUACAGGUUUCAGCUAAAAACACUUCUUUGAGGAGGGAUUGUAGCCUACUGGAGUGUGUUCCAGGAUGAGUUCCAAAACAUGAGGGAAUUGAUUCACCUGAAGGAAAUGUGAAAACUUCCAACUGCACAUUUACCUCUAAUUUUGUCACAUAGGGGUUGUCUGACCUUCAGACCUGAGCUGAAACAUCCCUUGCAGGAAUGUCCUUCAAAAGAUGAUCCUGCAAGAUUUAAUUUUUUUUUUCAUAAGGAGAUGUACCUAUUGAUCUUUUCUACCUUCUGUCUGCACUGUCUGUAGGUCAGAUUAAAACCUUAGGUUGCAGAAUAGUAAAUUAUUUAAUUAAUUAAUUAAUUCCCAAAAGAUCCUUCUAUCCAAGGUAUGUGCAAUAAAUCUUUUGCAUUUGGGUAGCUUUUUUUUAACUUAGGUCUCUGUGGUCCUGGAGGGGAGUGAAGCAGAGGAGCUCUUUACAUGGGUAGAAAUGUCCAGGCUAUCUUUUGGAUUUGCAGAAGGAGACAAAGUUUGGUAAGAUCAGGAUGGAGGAGAAAUUCUGGAAUGAGAGAUGUCUGUAGAGCAGUAGAUUUUGCUGUUACAUUCAUUUUAACCAAAGAUAGGCAUUGGUUUGACUUUGCUUGCUUUUCUGAACCAUUAGGUCCUGUUCUUUGAAGUAACUUCUACAUGUAUUUUUAGGACAUGCUUCUAACACGGCUGACAGUUGACAGGAUGAGGUGAACAGAAGUAGCUACUGUGCAUUUUCCUUUUUCCUUAUGACAGUGUAAAGCAAAGAGUUGAGAGAAGGUUACUCUACAAUAUACAAAAUAGCUGCACAGUAAAAUGGUUUUGCUGCUAGUUAACAUACUGAGGGUUUUAUUACAAAUGAAGUUGUAAUGAAGAUGGUUAUUGUCAAAGUGCAAGGCACAUAUUUUAUAAUGGUAUUCUACUCUUAAAAUUCAGUUUUGUAUUAUAUUGAGUAUGGUAGAUAUUGUUCUUGUUGCCUCCUGAAUUUUGUUGUGGUAAAAUGAAACAUGCUCCAUUUUUACUGAAAAAAUAUCACACACUUAUUGAUUUAAAAUUACUCUUUGUUGUCAGAUGCUUAGUUUGUUCUUAAAAACUAGGGUUUUUUAAAAAUAAACUAUUUUUAUGGAUAAUCUGAUUGCCUGAUAGUUUUAAGGGACCUAUUUAAUACCAAAGGUAAUGCCACCCAGAAAUGAACUUGGAAUAUGACAUUGACACUUUCCUGGAGUGCCUAAAAUGUCAAGAGGUACCUGGAGUCAGUCAAGCAGAGCUGAACCAGUGGUAAUUGUCUGUGUCACCAAGCUGAAGGAUUAGGCACACCUAGCAGUUUCCAAAACAAAUUAGAAAUGAAAGAAACACCAGGAAUAGCAUUGAGGUUUAGUCAACAGACAUAGAGUAGCUCUGAGUCCCAGCUCAUGCUCCUGAGGAAAAGCACAAAGGCUUGCAUUUACUGAUGUGUCUGCUAUACCUGGCCUGUGAACUAACAAAAAACUCAGUGUGCUGUCAAUCCUGUAAACCUUCCAAAGCACAAAAUAGUCACCAAGCUACUUUUGGGGUUUCUAGUUGUAGUUCAGUGAUAUUUUGGAGGGUGGAAAGGACUGAUUUGGAGGAUAAUGAGAAGAUAUUAAGUAUGUUUUACAGAUUUUUAUAGCUAUUUUUUUAGCAAAUGGCAUUGCUGUCCUUGAUGUGAGACCAUUGAUUAGUAAGAAGUGAUUAUUUUACUUGUGAAGUAUAAAACAGAGAGAAUAAAAAAAUCCAAAUUAUCUUGAUUUCCCUUUCCAGGAUAGUGGGUAACUAAACUGGAAAGUAAUAGGUCAAUAUAAUUAUUUAGCUGGCUGAAAGAUUUCAUUCUAAUACUUACUGAUCAUAUUUUUUUCUCAAAUAGAAGCUUCUUAGCACAAACAUGAAGCAAUGCAUCAUUUUUUCCCUUAUUGCAGACUUAACUAUCAAAAGGAAAAUAUUUUGCAUUUUUUUAAAUUAAUGCAAAGCCUGAAUUGUUGGAUGUUCCAGGCUACUGAAUAGAUGAUAUAGAGUUACUCUCAAUGGAUUUUUUGGGGGUGGGGGCCUAAGUGUCCUUAUAUAAGCUGUGAUCCAAGUAAAAAGAAAGGAGCCUAUGGUGAGCAGUAAUAAUGUUCUAAUGCUUCCUUGCAUUUGAUCAGUAGUUACCAGUUUUUAAUAAAGCAGCCCUCACAGUACUUAGGAGCUCAUAGAACAUAUUGUGAUCUUACGUUGCUAAUUUGUUUUAAAAUAUGAAAUGUUUUAAGCUUUUUGUCAAAAGUGAUAACAUCCUAUUACAAAUAAACCUUUUUGUGGUUGUAAAAUUUAGCUUAUAAAUCAUUCAAAUUGAAGUGAAAAAAACACAGGUCAUUGUUAAUGACAGUCUAUCCUACUCUUACGAAUAUAUGUAUUUUUGUAAAGGAAAAGCACUUGUAGAUAUUUAAUCAGUCCAAUAUCUAUCUAUGUUAAUGUUUUGGAAAAAAAAGAAGAAAACAAAAUGCUGCUUAGAGAAUCACUUACUUAUUUUUUAUUUUUUGUGCUCAAAUGCAAUUUCUUUUGAUUUAUGGAAUGUUUAUUCUGUGUGAAGCUGUAUAGUUAGUACAGCUGGGCUAAAUGCAUUUCUCACAUUAAUCAGUUGUAUCUGACUAUGAUAAUACAUUGUGUCCAACCAGAAAGAAAUUGCAAAACACAGGCUUGUGGUGCUGUUUUUUCAUCUUUGAUAUUAGCUUCAUCCUGCCUUAUAACUUUUCUACUUCAUAAUAAGUAUAAAAAAUGCUAAUCAUUUUUUGUGCUGCAUGUGUUUCAAUGGACAUUUCAGGGUAUAUCUGGCUGUUUAGUUGAAUCUUACUGUGUUACUAACAUUUUUUAUAAGAUGACAGAAUUUUACAUACAGUGUUUCAUGAAGAGUCCCCUCGAUGAAAAAGUGUGCAAGAUUAGUCAAGUUUAAUACUCACCUUCCUUGAAAGGAAACUGCUGCUGGGUACAUGCAUGGAAUGUGAGGGCAUCACUAAAGAUGCUGAGAAUUUGGGCUAAUACUAUUUUUUAAAAUUCAGAAUAAUUCACUUCUGAUAAUAUUUUGCAGCUAUUUGAAACCUCACUUUCAACUGUGUUUUGAUUCAUCAUAAUGCAUUAACACAGUUUCAGGGAAGAAAAAAUACGUAAAGAAUUCUAUUAAAGUAUAGUAAAGAGUGACAACCAUAUUUGUUUGUGUACAUAUUAGUGUACAAUCCAAAAUCUCUUUACUUAUUUCAGUGGGAUUCUACAGAGAUAUACUUCAUGGGCCUGAUGCUCAGUUAAGUUCUCCAGCUUGACCUUAGUGGAGUGACUUUCUAUAAUUAUCCUUGUAGCUGAGACUUGAAAUGAGCCAGGCUUCCCACUUCCUCACUUAAUUUCCUUUCAUGGGUGACUAAUAUUGCUUAAAUUUACUCUUAUUAUACUAACCUUCUCAUGAGUAAGUUUUGCAAUAAUGUGUACACUAGCAGUAGAAUUCAUUGGUAGGAACUCAACUGAGUAAAUACUUGUGUCUUUGACAAACUGGGGGAGAAUUUGACUCAGAUUAUAAACAUUUGGAAUGGCAUUCUCUCAUUUAUGUUCAUGCUUUGCAAAGAUCUGCAGUUGAUCAGGAUUUGAUAUGUUUUAUUACAUGAACAUUGCCCAUUUUUAUAAUUUUUGUUAAGAGCUGAUUUCUGUAGUAAUUCAUUAGGGUGAACAUCUCAGGGUCCACAAAGUAGCAGUUUAAAAUCCAUGUGAUCUGAGUGCAGUACCAGUGCUGCAUGCUUGUAUCUUUUGAAGAACCAAAUAUGUUGUGUUUUGAAGUACGUUUAAAAAGCACUGUAAAUUUCACCCAGUUCUACCAAAGGAAUGUGAGGAGUUUUUUAAUCUGGAAUCUGAGUGUGGCCCUAGAAAAAGUGAGACACUUAUAACUGAGUCAGCCCUAGUGAUCAAUUUUCCAUUUAGGGACAGCAAGUGCUGUACUUGGGGUUUUUUGGCAAAACCUCGUGGUUGUGCCUCUUGAUGUAGAGUGAAGCCUGUUCAAAUCUGCAUCCACAUUUGUAAGCAAGAUUUAUUUUGAAACAACAGCUCAUGCAAAGCCUGUGAGUGGGCCUCUAGGACUUGUGUAUAAAUGUAUCAGAUAUGUAAUGAUGUUUCUAACAGUGAUCUACCUGUAUGGCUCACUACUGGUGAUGCUAAAUUGGUGUUCCAUGCUAAUGUCAAGAGGGUUUACAGCACCUUUAUAAUGGAUGAUAACAAACAACAAUUUGGCCUGACCUGUAUGCUGCAAGAUGCCUCUAGCCCAGUUGGAUUAAUUUUAUGAAAAAUCUAGAUGAGCAAGAAGUAUAACUAAUCUGCUUACUAGCACUGAAUUGCUCCUUUCUCAAAGCAAUAAAUAUAUUCAUGUUGUAACAUCUGUUGUGCAGCCUACAAUACGAGUUGUUUUGUUGCAUUGUUUCUAUAUAAUUUAUUUUGUGCAAUAAAAAAAUCUCUGGUUUUAUCUGA